AUGAACACCCUCUCGCCUUAUCAAUUUACUACCGCCGUCCAAUCUCGCAUCAAACCGGAGCUCAAAUCCACAACCAUGCCAUGCAAGUCAUGUUCCGCGCCAGCCCGACGGGGCCCGCCACAAAGUCCCUCUCGCCUUGUUCUUGGAUUGAGAAGAAGAGAUCGAGUGGCCAAGGGCUUGGGUACGAUAUCGCAACGUAUCGUCAUGCAUAUCCAUCAGGAUACUGCCUGUAGCGACCGUCUCAAGCGGCGAAAUAACCUUUGCGUGCUGGGUACAGGGAGGGUAAACCGAUCACGCAGCCCCCCGAGUGUCCAGGAUCCACCGUCGCUUUGUUCCGAGGAUCUUCCUGAAGAGGAGGAUGGGGAUUUCUUUCUGCUGCCACUUUCUACGUCACAACCGGGAUGCGGGAUGUGGUAUUCACUAGAUGACGCUGGCAUCAACAACUAUGGCCAUCUGAGUGAAAAAGCCAUGCAGUCACCAUACAUUACUCGUGGAGUCACACACGUGUUCUGGCACGCUUCUUUGAGUAAUUCGUAUGCGCCGCGGAGGAAGCGGUCGCGGCUUUUUGCGGAGAAGGAUACGGGCGGCGUGACGAAUGGGUUGCAGGUGCCCAAGGAAGUUCGACGCGUAGAUAGUGCGAAUCUGCGCGGUGGGGAGGAGGAAGAGGAUGGUGGUGUAGAGCAGCAACAGUACAGCCAACCGCGGCCGCCAACCAGCAGCAAGCAAGAGAACACGGUGGGGACACCGGAAGAGGUUGUUAUUGAGGCGCCGAAAAUCGAAGUAUCGGAUGCAGUGGUAGCUCCUCAGAUCGAAGCACCAAGGAUGCCAGAGCCGAAAAUCACCACGGCCAAGCCAGCGUCAGUUCAAGUGCUGAAAUGCCUAUUCUCAGACACCGGUCUCGGCUUGAGCAGACCGCAAGACGAAAUCCUAGACGUCCAAGCCCGCGGCAACAUCAACACGUACUCAAAACUCCUCACACCCUUCGAAGAACUCCUCUGCGCCGUAGUCCUCUCGCGAGCUAUACCCCACGACGUAGGCCUCCACAUAAUUCGCUCCGUCCUCAACGCCCCAUACAAAUUCUCCAGCUCCGUCGCCAUUAAAAUUGCCGGACCCGAGAAAGUCAAGCAGGCACUACGAGACAUACGAUCGCAGCACUCUGGCAAAGUCGCCGAAGAAAUCGAUGCAAUUGCCGAGGCCAUCUCAAAUAACAACUGGCACAACGAUCUCAGCAAGCUGCGAAAGUUGAGUAAGAGCUCGGUGGAGGCGGAGCGCGAAGUUUUGCGUAGGAGCGUCAAAGGUCUCGGUAAGACGGGACUGAACCUUUUCUACAGACGUAUGCAAUGGCAGUGGGAAGAGUCGUUUCCUUUUGUUGAUGGGCGGACACAGGCCUCGCUAGAGCAGCUGGGGCUACCGACGCGACCGGACAGUCUGGCGAGGAUGAUCGAAGUGAGGUGGGCGAAUCUGGGCAUCGAAGAACAAGAGCGAUACAGCAGCGAAGAGAAGAGGAGAAGGGCAUUUGUUCUUGUACAGGAGAGGGUGCUAGGGGCCGAGGUGCAGAAGAACACAGACGCCAUCCUGGAAGAGGCAUUGAAGCUGUAG